CAAUCCAUCUCACCGACCUAUCACAACCGCGGACGGCUGGAGGCCUGAAUCUGUCUUCAACCUUCUGCUUUCUGGAGGGGCACCUUCAACCAACUCCGCGGUGCAGUGCCAGCGGCUUCUUUUGGUGUAUAGUAAAAGUAGGAAUAACACUUUAUUAUAGAUAAAAUGUCAUUUCUGAGUGUCAGCAGGCUAGCGCCUAAACUUCUCAAUUCAAAGAACGCCACCAACUUAUUUGUGGCUGCUAGAAAUGCCAGUGCUUCAACAACAAAUCUGAGGGAUGUUUUGUCAGACCUCAUUCCCAAAGAACAGACCAGGAUCAAAAACUUCAAACAGCAGUAUGGCAAAACCAACAUAGGCCAGAUUACUGUUGAUAUGGUCUAUGGUGGUAUGAGAGGGAUGAAGGGUCUGGUAUAUGAAACCUCAGUGUUGGACCCUGAGGAGGGCAUCCGCUUCAGGGGCUACAGCAUUCCAGAGUGUCAGAAGUUGCUGCCCAAAGCUCCAGGAGGCGAGGAGCCCCUGCCUGAAGGCCUGUUUUGGCUGCUGAUCACAGGACAGGUCCCCACUGAGGAGCAGGUAAACUGGGUGUCCAAAGAGUGGGCGAAAAGAGCGGCACUCCCCUCUCAUGUUGUCACCAUGCUGGAUAAUUUCCCCACAAACCUGCACCCCAUGUCCCAGUUCAGUGCCGCCAUCACAGCUCUAAACAGCGAGAGCAGCUUUGCACGGGCCUACUCUGAGGGGGUCCAUAAGUCCAAGUACUGGGAGUUUGUCUACGAAGACUCCAUGGACUUGAUUGCCAAGUUGCCCUGCAUCGCUGCUAAGAUUUACCGCAAUCUUUAUCGUGAAGGCAGCAGCAUCGGAGCCAUUGACUCUAACCUGGACUGGUCCCACAACUUCACCAAUAUGCUGGGCUACAGCGAGCCCCAGUUCACUGAGCUGAUGAGACUCUACCUCACUAUCCACAGCGAUCAUGAAGGAGGAAAUGUCAGCGCCCACACUAGCCACCUAGUGGGGAGCGCCCUGUCUGAUCCCUACCUGUCCUUCAGCGCUGCCAUGAACGGUCUGGCUGGUCCGCUGCACGGCCUGGCCAAUCAGGAAGUGCUGGUGUGGCUGACUGCCUUGCAGAAGGAACUGGGAGGCGAGGUGUCUGAUGAAAGAAUGAGGGAUUACAUCUGGAACACACUCAAAUCUGGCAGGGUGGUUCCAGGUUAUGGCCACGCUGUCCUGAGGAAGACCGACCCGCGUUACACAUGCCAGCGUGAGUUUGCCCUGAAGCAUCUGCCCAACGAUCCCAUGUUUAAGUUGGUCGCCCAGCUUUACAAGAUCGUACCCAACGUGCUCCUGGAGCAGGGCAAAGCCAAGAACCCCUGGCCCAAUGUGGACGCCCACAGCGGAGUGCUGCUGCAGUACUAUGGAAUGACGGAGAUGAACUACUACACCGUCCUCUUUGGUGUGUCUCGUGCUUUGGGCGUACUCGCUCAGCUGGUGUGGAGUAGAGCCCUGGGAUUCCCCCUGGAGCGCCCCAAAUCCAUGAGCACGGAUGGACUGAUGACUCUGGUUGGAGCCAAGUCAGGCUGAAGCCCCGCCUCCAAACAUCAGGGGUGAAGGGUGAGAAGAUGUGAAGAAUACUGGAGAGGCAGGCACCAGGUGACCCUCUGUUGUUUCCAACCCGGGGAUUCAAAGAGACAGUAUGCUUUUAAUGUUAUUGACAAAAGAAGGGCCGUUUUAAAGUCUCCCACCACUAGUGUUGAAGUGUGUUUAGUUAACCACUGACAUCAUUCCUGUAUAUGUUUGGAACGUUACACACAUGUAAUCAUGAACAGUUCCAGUCCCCCCCCCAAUGGCCGAGUCAGGACCACGAAGGCGCUGUGGGCAUGAACUACACCAUUAAUCCUCGCUCUCAUUUUUUUCUGAUCAUCUGUAGUUUAAGGAUUAGGUAGCAAAAGAUCAUCGAAUAAAAGUCUUUAUUUUUCUUCUAUGCAAUGUUUUCCUCCCGUCUAAUGGGCCGUUGUGUUUCGCUCCCUCACGUUGAACACUCCAUUAAAACAGAAACACAAUUUACAACCAGAACAUGUUUUUUAUCAUUUAAAAGAUGCUGCCCCUUUAAAUCUUUGAUCUCCCUUUUGUCCUACGUGUAUUUUUCUUUCUUCUUCUUGAAAAUGGCUUCUGUUACCUCUAUGAUCAAAAUAACUUUAUUGUCCCUUUAACUUUCCUGGUUUUAACGAUCUGCUCUACGGGUCUAGUGAACCGUUGGGAGUAGGGAGUAGUGUACAGCAACAGUCAUUUAAAUCUGAGUGAGCGGCAUUGUAACUGGAAGCCAGAAGGUGAGUCCUUAAGAGCAAGCGUGAAACACAAGUGUAAUGCGGAGGCUUUGUAGUUGGCCCAGCUGAGUUUGUUCUGUUUUUUUAGUCCCGAGUUUGUCCCCACAGAAGAGCGCUUCAAACAACAACUCCUCUAAAAUGAGCACUAACUUAAUUGGAUUUUCUAAUUUUUAGAAGUUGAACCCAGCCAGGUUGAUGGUGUACCUUUUUUUACAAAUUUAUUUUUUUGAACAUGUAAAAAAAAACAAAAAAACUAAAGUUUUUGGGUUCUCAUUUUGUGGUUUUAUUUAUAAUUUGUGUACAUAGGUAUAUAUGUGUAGCUUGAAUGUAUGAGCUCAUAACAACCACAGUUUACCAACGACAUCAUGGGGUCUAGCCUCGCCGGUUUCCGUCGGAUUCUCACAACGAACAAAAGAAAACUGCAGCUAUCUUGUAAAUACAGUUUUGGCUUUUCUUUGUGGGUUUUUAGUUUUUCGGGUGUUUCAUUUGAAGGUUUCAUGCUUGCUCUUAAGUCCUGGCUUGUCCACACUCCAUGUCUAUGAGGUACACCCUUGCUGUUCCACACACAACUCUGCAGUGUGAGUAAGUAGUUGGCUUUGUUUGGUCGGCUCAGAAGCAUCACUCUCUGUUCCGGCUUCAUUAGGCGCCGGUGUGUGUUCUUCCAUGGUUGUUCAUAAGUGGUUAUUUUGAUCGUAGAGGAGAAUAAAGGUCGUCUAACGGAUUCAGGGAAAGGUUUGGGUUUAGAGCUGAAUGGGUCAAGAAAAGCUUAAACGGCAGUCGUUGGAAAACCUAACAAAAGAAAAAUAAAAGUUUUUAUUAACAACUAUGUGACAUAUUUUUCUUCACACAAAUGAAAGCUGUUUUUGAAGAACACUGGUCUUGCUCUGGGCUUCCUGACAUCUUUAGAACAUCUGGAUGAUCGUGAAACCUUUAAAAAAGAGGGAUUGUUAAAAUAAAGAUGAUUUCUGUUAGAUGUACUGCUUCAGAAAAAAAAGUGAUGCACACAGGUAGUCAGGAGGACAAUGGCGUACCUGGAAUGUUACGUAUUGAAUAAAGUUUUUUGGGAGCGUU